AUGGACGCGGAUCUCGCCAUGUCGAUCGCUGUCAAGGCCUCUACCACCCUCAUCGCUGCCACUUCAUUUCCACAAGCGUCGCCAACACCGCAACAACACAUGUUAUACUAUCAUGGCGCCACCGUGACUGGGAUGGGAGAAGACCCGAAUGGAGAAGGUGGCGAAUGCAAACUUCUCGGUCCUUUCUCUCUGGUUGUUCAGGCCGCCCUUGGGGCGCUGGCGCUACUGUCGUUGGUCUUUAAACGAUGGAGAGAACGGCCCCAAAGGCCAAUCAAGGUGUGGGCAUUUGACGUUUCGAAGCAAGUGUUCGGCUCGUUCAUGCUUCAUCUGGCAAAUCUUCUCAUGUCCAUGUUUUCGGCGGGUCAACUGGAGAUUCGGAUGGACUACAAACCGAACCCUUGUUCCUUCUACCUAUUGAAUCUUGGGAUUGAUACCACUCUAGGCAUUCCCAUAUUGAUUGUUGCGCUUCGAAUUUUGAACCUUAUUGCAUCCUACACCCCUCUCGCCAACCCACCAGAAUCGAUACAGUCUGGGAACUAUAGCCACCCACCUCGCGCAUCAUGGUGGUUCAAGCAAUCCAUCAUAUACUUUCUGGGACUGCUCAUAAUGAAAAUAUGCGUAUUCUUCUUGAUACAGCUGUUCCCCUUUAUUGUUAAGGUUGGGGACUGGGCUUUGCGAUGGACAGAAGGAAACACUGCUCUGCAGAUCACCUUUGUGAUGCUUCUCUUCCCCGUCACCAUGAACGCCAUCCAAUACUACAUCAUCGACACAUUUAUCAAGAAACCCAUACCUCAUGACUUCUUUGCCGAUGAUGUUUCUCGCGGCGACGCUGUUGCGGAUGAGGACCUUCAUCGGGAAGGUCUUCUCGCUGGUAUCGACGAUGCCUACUCAUCCGAUUCUGAGGAUGAUUCUUCCCCAGGGAAAAAAUCUCCCCUUCCGGUACCACAAACCAAGAUUUCCAUCCAGGAAUCAGAAGUAACUACGAACGAGGAUCAUUCAUCACUCCCACCUUACCACCCACCUAGCUCCAGUUCUAGCGGCGGUCGUCGCGAACAUGAGGAACAAUCUAAGUCGGCCGCUUAAGUGUACCACUGGUAAUUACCUUGAUUAAGUUGUUUUACUGGUACUGG